AUGGGACUUAUGUACCCUCUCAGGCACUUCGAACUAGUCGUCUCGGGGGAAUACUUUCGGUUCCUCACUGUUUGGGCGGACAUCCUGUGUAAUCCUGAUAUUGGUGUAACCUUAAAGGUGGUCAUGGUGUGUCUAACACAUAACGGGUCCGUUAAAGUGAAGACCGUUGAAUUCGUUCCCAACAUAGCCUCAGUCAAACUUUUCCAAAACAAUUUAUUAUCUUUAUGUCUAGCUUUCGGUCAUCCGAGCAACAUCAGGAAUGAGGAGUCUAUCUUGAGACUGGAAAAUACAGGAAUGAUGUCAGUCACGAUCUACAGUUUGGUUUGGAUUGUUAUUCCGAAUCUGAUGACAUCACUGGGUCACCCACAACAUUCCGAUAUUGAGAAAUGCAACAUUCACCACGAAGCCAAUGAAACAACAGUGGACUGUUCACGUCGUGGUUUCAACCGAGUUCCACAAGGAUUUCCACGAAACACAACAGUCCUUAACCUGAGUACCAACAACUUACCAAGCCUCAAGAAAGAAUCACUCCCCAACCUUCCUUCAUUACAUACACUGCUCGUGAAUGAUAACAACAUAGAGUUUCUGGAGGAAGGUGCUCUGCAAAGCCUACCUGCCCUUCAAGAACUAAACUUGGAUGGGAAUAAAUUGAACUUUUCUUAUUUCUCUCUUCCUCUUGGGACAUUCCAAAACCUGACAUCUCUGACAACACUCCAUGUGAGCAGAAUGAGGAUGCGGUUUACUUCAUUGACAUAUCCUGAUGCUACAUUUGCUGAUCUUCACCACCUCGAGUCACUGGUUAUUGACGGGGCUGGAGAACCGGUGUUUGGACCUGGCUUUGCACAGAUGAGGAGGCUGAAGAGUCUCAGUUUUGGAUCACAAUGCCUUAUCAGACGUUUGGGGAAAAACUCAUUUGUCAACUUCAGGGAAGCACCUGUCAGGGAUCUGUCAUUGUCAGCAUGUAGCAUUCUUAUUUUUCUGGACGCCAAUGUCUUCUUUCCUCUUCAUAAACUGAAGUUCCUGUUUGCAAGAGAAACUGCUCCCUUUGGCCUGUAUGAGUCUUUCCUAAGCUUACAAGGACUCAGUGGAAGGAACAUGACCGAAAUAGACUUUUCACUUGUGCGUACAUAUCCUGUCUCUGUUCAAGGUGUUAUGAAGAACCAAAGUCUCGUGCUCACGUCUGAGAUGACACGUUACCUUAAGACUAUGUGUGUUGAGCGACUGAUUCUAAGGAAUAAUUACAUCGUGGUCAUUGAAACUGGCGUGUUAUUGCAGGAACCGUUUCAAAGUUGUAUAAAAUAUCUUGACAUCAGCUACAAUUCUAUAAAAGGUGACCCCAGCUUGUUGUUCCAUCUCCCUGAACUUGUUAACCUAGCUGUACUGGAUGUGUCAAAUCAGGCAUAUAAAGUGAGACCCUCCAUCAAGGAGAAGCGCCGUGGCAAACUCAGGCGUGGAGUUCUCCUUCAUCCCGACAAAGCUCCAGUCCAUAUCAGUCGUGUUGCACCGGUCGCUGUCGAAGAAUCUGGAUUUGAAAUCCUACCUCACCCACCCAAUUCUCCACACCUGGCACCAGGUGACUACCACCUGUUUUCCAAUCUGAAGAAUCACUUCCGUGGUAGGAGAUUCGAGGAUGAUCAUGAACUCACUACAGCUGUGGAGACGUGGCUACAGGACCAAGAAAGGGACUUCUAUGGACAGGGCAUAAAUGCCUGGGCCUAG